AUGGGACAAUUGCCUGCGCCGAGGGUGACUCCAUCUCGUGCGUUCUCCAGCAGUGGUGUAGAUUAUGCAGGCCCUAUACAAGUAAGGACAUCAAAGGGUCGAGGUCAGAAGUCUUCAAAGGGCUACAUUUGUCUUUUCGUGUGUAUGUCGACUAAGGCAAUACAUUUGGAAUGUGUCACCGACCUUACUUCGCAAGCAUUUAUUGCAGCUUUUCGAAGAUUUGUUGCUAGACGAGGCCAUUGUUCACAUUUGUGGAGUGACAACGGCACUAAUUUUGUAGGCGCUGCAAAGGAACUGAGACGUAUGUUUGAAGUUGGUAAGAACAACAUGGCUAAAGAAAUAGCUGAACUUUUAGCCAACGACGGCACUACUUGGCACUUUAUACCACCCAAAGCUCCAAAUUUCGGCGGUUUAUGGAAGGCCGGUGUGAAGUCCGCCAAACAGCAUCUUUAUAGAAUAAGUGGUGCAACUAGGUUGACUUACGAGGAGAUGACGACAUUAUUGGCUCAAAUUGAAGCAUGCCUCAAUUCACGGCCUCUGUGUCAAAUGGAUGAUACGCUGGAGACUCUUGACCCAUUAACACCAGGACAUUUUCUGAUCGGUGAGCCACUAAUUGGUCUUCCUGAAAACGAUUAUGUUAAUAAAAACGUUAAUCUGUUGACACGAUGGCAGUUCAUUCAAAACAGAAUUCAAAAUUUUUGGAGAAGAUGGCAAGCACAUUAUUUACAAACCUUACAACAAAGAUAUAAGUGGCAAAGGGUUGUACGAUCCCCAUCCAUUGGGGAUAUAGUCAUAAUAAAGGAAGAAGAUCUAGCUCCAUGUAAGUGGCUUUUAGGAAAAAUAAUCACCUUACACCCAGGUUCAGAGAAAUUGGUUCGAGUUGUUUCUGUAAGGUGUAAGCGAAAUGUUGUGAUGAAGCGGCCACUUUCAAAACUAAUUUUACUUCCUAUUAAACCUGAGCCCUAUUGA